AGACUCGUUCAAUCCGAUUCAAAUCCGCAAAGCCCCUCUUGUCUUUCCCUCCUUUUACACAUACAUUCUUCUCUCUCUCUCUCUCUCUCUCUCUCUCUCUCGUACUCAUACACACACACAGGCACACUCGCUCUCUGAUUUUCGAUCUUUCGUCUCUCCCUCCAAAAGCCUCUCAGUGUCUCUCACUCUAUAACUCUCUUUCUAUUUUCUAAUUAGCGCAAAGUUUCAUAGAAGACAUGGAUGGCGGUGCAGCGUACAAUCCACGUACGGUCGAGGAGGUCUUUAGGGAUUUCAAGGGCCGCAGAGCCGGCAUGAUUAAAGCCCUCACCACCGAUGUUGAAGAGUUUUAUCAGCAGUGUGAUCCUGAGAAAGAAAAUCUUAGCCUUUAUGGAUUUCCCAGUGAGCAGUGGGAAGUCAAUUUACCUGCUGAAGAGGUACCUCCAGAGCUUCCAGAACCUGCACUAGGCAUUAACUUUGCCAGAGAUGGGAUGCAAGAAAAGGACUGGUUAUCAUUGGUAGCUGUCCACAGUGAUGCUUGGUUACUUUCUGUGGCCUUUUAUUUUGGUGCUAGGUUUGGAUUUGAUAAAGCUGAUAGGAAACGCCUUUUUAACAUGAUAAGUGAUCUUCCAACAAUAUUCGAGGUUGUGACAGGGACAGCCAAGAAACAAGUAAAGGAGAAGUCAUCAGUUUCAAAUCACAGCAGCAACAAAUCUAAAUCAAACUCUAAGCGAGGUUCUGAAUCUCAGGUCAAGUAUACAAAGGGAAUACAGUCAAAGGAUGAGGAUGAGGAAGGUUUGGAGGAGGAAGAUGAGGACGAGCAUGGAGACGCAUGUUGCGGGGCUUGUGGAGAGAAUUAUGCUGCUGAUGAGUUUUGGAUUUGCUGUGACAUCUGUGAGAAGUGGUUCCAUGGGAAGUGUGUUAAGAUCACCCCAGCAAGGGCUGAGCAUAUUAAGCAGUAUAAAUGCCCAUCUUGCACCAACAAGAGAGCCCGCCCUUGAUGGUAGCUGUGUUCAUCUAUAGUUGACAGCUAAUGCUACUCUGGUAGAUCAGGUUAAUUCGUUAAGUUGUGUAUUCCUAGUUUUAGGAAAUCUAUCUCGAAUAUAAUGUGCAGGUCGCAAGUAUGCUGUUUAAUCGAUUAUAAAUUAGGGUAUUUAUGAUUGA